CCCAGCAAUGUACAACGUUUUAUACGUCAGAACGGGUUACAAAACAUACAGCUGGUGGUGCUUGUGUAACAGUGAGUAUCGUUAAAUAUUGUAACCCGAAAUCUGAUUGUAAACAACCUACGGUAACUGAUCAUCAUGGAGAGAUCUGCAGCCUGUCCAUUGGCACAGACUAGGGAUCUGAUUCAGCAGCUGGAGGCUGGUUCGUUACAGGCUGAUGAGUUCUUCUGCAUGGUGCUGUCUUUACUGGGCAGCCACAGAACUGAGUCCCAGCUCCCUGCCCUUGUCCACAGCCUGAGGAGGAACAACCCCACGGUGUAUUCGGAAUUAAUAGACUUACAUGAUACUUAUUUUCAAAAGGAGCAGCAAUGCACUACUGGGAGCAAGCUGAACACAAUGGAAGUCAAAAGCUCUGAUACUUUGGAUUAUGAUAUGCAGUUGGACCUUGCCAUAUCUUUAUCUCUUCAGGAGAAUCAUUUGCCAUCACAGACUCCUUUUGAUCUGAAUACUAAUUUUCAGACUCAAAACCUUUGUUCCAGAAUUUCCCUUGCAGAUGCAGCUAAACCAUCAGCUAUCCAACACACUGAGAAUCACCAGAAAUGUGCAAAGGCAAGACCUGACCUUGGUACAGUGCCAGUUUCUGUGAAUGAACAUAAGACCACUGAUCAGCAAAGGACAUUUGUAGACCUUUGCUAUGGAGGGCAGCCAGAACCAGAAGACUGUGUUCUAUACACUGGUGGUGGAGAUGAUUUACUUUAUUUGGAGUCUUCAGGUAGAAAAACAAACAAUGCUAAAAAACAUAGAAACCGCAGGAGAAAGAGGAACACUGCUCCAUCAAAGAGUCCAUGUUCCAUGAGUCCAGCAUUGGUUUGGUUUAGAAGAGACUUACGCAUACAUGAUAACCCUGCACUGAUUACAGCACUUGAGCUUGGGGUUCCUAUAAUCCCUGUAUUUUUGUGGUGUUCUAAUGAAGAAGCUGGUCAGAGUUUCACUCUAGCCACAGGAGGGGCUACCAAAUAUUGGCUUCAUCAUGCCUUAUGGCAACUAAAUCAAUCUCUUAUAAAUAAAUUUGGGAGCCACAUUAUUUUCCGGGCUAGUGAGUCUUGCUGCAAGGAACUUAUAUCCAUUGUGCAAGAGACGGGUGCUGGCACUGUCCUUGCCAAUGCAGUGUAUGAGCCAUGGCUAAAAGAGAGAGAUGACCUUAUAUCAGAGACUCUGAAAAAACAAGGGGUGACAUUCAAUAGAUGCCACUCUUACUGCUUAUACGAACCCUAUUCCAUCAGCACUGAAGGGGUUGGAUUAAGAGGUAUUGGUUCUGUUACUCAUUUUAUGAGCUGCUGUAAAAGAAACUGUUCUACUCCAAUAGGCGACGUCCUGGAAGCACCAACAUCUCUCCCUAUUCCUUCACGUUGGCCUUCAUCCAUGGAACUGGAAGGGCUGAAUUUGUCAAGGAUGCCACAAAGGAAGGAUGGUACAUUGAUUGACUGGGCAGCCACUAUCAGGAAGUCCUGGGACUUCAGUGAAGAUGGAGCAUAUAAAUGCCUAACAAACUUCCUUGAUGAUGGCAUAAAUUAUUAUGAAAAGGAAUCUGGACGAGCUGACAAGCCUUACACGAGCCAUAUCUCUCCAUACCUCCACUUUGGUCAAAUUAGCCCACGCACAGUGUUACAGGAAGCUUAUUUUACUAAAAAGAAUGUGCCAAAGUUUUUGAGGAAGCUGGCUUGGCGAGAUCUAGCUUAUUGGCUUCUUGUCCUGUUCCCUAAUAUGCCAAGAGAGCCUGUGAGACCUGCAUAUAAAAGUCAGCGUUGGAGCAGUGACCUCACACAUCUGAAGGCCUGGCAAAAGGGACAGACUGGCUACCCCCUGGUUGAUGCAGCAAUGAGAGAACUUUGGCUAACAGGCUGGAUGAAUAAUUACAUGAGACAUGUGGUUGCUUCCUUUCUAGUAGCUUAUUUACACCUCCAUUGGGUACAUGGAUAUUGUUGGUUUCAGGACACUCUUGUAGAUGCUGAUGUCGCCAUCAAUGCCAUGAUGUGGCAGAACGGGGGCAUGUCCGGUUUGGAUCACUGGAACUUUGUAAUGCAUCCAGUUGAUGCUGCCAUGACAUGUGACCCGUAUGCAGCUUAUGUAAGGAAGUUUUGUCCAGAGCUUGCUGGUUUGCCUGAUGAAUACAUCCAUAAGCCCUGGAAAUGUCCUCCUUCUCAACUUCGGCGGGCUGGUGUUGUCCUAGGUCAAAACUAUCCUAAUCGAAUAAUUCAGAAUUUAGAAGAAAGACGGGAACAGUCUUUAAAAGAUGUAGUAGAAGUUCGUAUGAAGCACAAGGAAUACCUAGACAGUGUAUCUGGCUGUGACAUGGUUCCUAUCCCAGAUUAUCUACUGGCUCUGACCUUGGGUUAUUCUGAUGAUGAAGUCAUCAAGACAAGUAUGGGUUCCUUCCUGCUGCCUGUCAUCACAAGGAAGGAGUUUAAAUAUAAAACACUGGAUCCCAAUGCUAAGGACAACCCAUACAACACUGUGCUGAAAGGGUACAUCAGCCGCAAGCGCGAUGAGACCAUUGCAUACAUGAAUGAAAAGCAUUUUACAGCAAGUACAAUCCAUGAAGGAGCCCAGAGGUAUGAAAGGAGAGAGAGGACUAGCAGGAUCAUGGAAGGUCUCCCCCAACCCAAAGAUCCUAAAAAUCAGAGUCGGAGAACUCCCAGGAAAGAUCCGUUCACAGUAAUACCUCCAGCUUAUUUGCAUCUUGCUAAUUAGUGGAUGCACUGAAACGCCAUCAAUGUUUACAGUUUUCUAUUUAAUAUUUCCAAUACAGAUAUUUAUUUUACAAUUAACUAUUAAAUAGUAGAUAGUGAAUUAUUUAAAUUCUGUCCUCUGGAGAAUUUAAAUGUUUAACAUGAAAAAAUACAGCAAGUCUUUCUUAUUGUAAUAAAAUUAUGAACUUUUAUAUUAAAGGUAAAGACGUUGCACCUAAAAGAAUGUGUAAAGCAGAUUUGACAAAGCAUAAGUCACAGUAUCCAAAAAAAAUAAAACACUUUCUCAAGCCA